AUGGAGCGUGUCAUUCAGCUUGCGGCUUCAUUGCCCGACGGCUCAGAUAUACAAACUAAGCUCACGGGAACCCUGGUCAAGGAAUUGUGGGAUAGCUUGCAACAUCCGCCAUUGUCAUAUCUGGGCGACGAGUAUGAGUAUCGCACCGCCGACGGGUCGAACAAUAACCCCCUGUAUCCAAAACUCGGAAUGGCAGGCACGCCAUAUGUAAAAAGUGUCACUCCUCUGACCCCUGGGAGGCCGUACCCGGAUCCGGGAGAAGUGUUCGAUAAACUGCUGGCUCGUCAGGGACCACCAAAAGAACACCCGAACAAGAUCUCGAGCAUGCUCUUCUACAUGGCUACUAUUAUCAUCCACGAUUUAUUCCGUACCGGCGACGACACCAAAAAGGAUCCUAAUCCGAAUUAUAACAUUUCAUCCACUUCCUCUUACCUUGAUUUAUCCCCCUUGUACGGCAACAACGUCCAAGAACAGCAAGCUGUUCGCACUAUGAAAGACGGCUUGCUCAAGCCUGACACCUUCUCUGAACAUCGUCUUCUGGGCUUUCCGCCCGGCGUCUCCGCGUUUUUGAUCACAUUUAAUCGCUUCCAUAACUAUGUAGCAGGAGAACUAAAACGCAUUAACGAGGGGGAAAGGUUCAGUCCGAAUCCACGGCUGAGCAAGGAAGAUGCAGAGAGAGAGGUUGACAAACGCCUCUUCAACACCGCAAGACUUGUGACAUGCGGCCUCUACGUCAAUAUCAUCCUCUCCGACUAUGUAAGGACAAUUCUUAAUAUGAACUACGCUCCCGCCUCUAGUUGGGUCCUGGACCCGCGAAGGUCCUUCUCCGAAGUCUUCGAUAAGGGCAGUUUCCCCGUGAGCACUGGCAACCAGGUUUCGGUUGAGUUCAACCUCAUCUACCGCUGGCAUUCCACUGUUAGCGCGCAAGACGAAAAAUGGUCUCAGGACUUCUUCCAAAAGCUGUUCCCAGGCCAGGAAGUUUCCAAACUGCCUCUUAGAGACUUCCUUACAGGGCUGUCUAACUUGAGGGGGGAAAUCGUGGCCCAGAAACCGGAGUGCCGCACUUUUGGAGGCUUGAAGCGCGACAGCUCCGGUUUCUUCAACACACAGGCCCUAGCAAAGCUCAUCGCGGAGAGUACAAAUGAUGUUAGCGCCGCUUUUGGGGCGCACCAAGUGCCUGUCGUGCUCAGGCUCGUGGUAAUGCUUGGCAUCAGUCAGGCUCGCGGCUGGCACAUCGGCACGCUAAAUGAGCUGCGCAAGUUCAUGGACCUCAAACCUCACGAGAGCUUCGAGGACAUUAACCCCGAUCCGAAGACCCAGGAGGCCAUGAAGGCCCUCUACAAAGAGCCUGAUUUUGUAGAAAUGUACCCCGGCGUACUUUUCGAGCAUGCCAAGGAACCUGUCUAUCCAGGUUCAGGACUCUGCGGGGGCUUCACGAUGGUUAGGGCCGUCUUGAGCGAUGCUGUUACCUUGGUUAGGGGUGAUCGAUUCUAUACACUUGUAUGCUCGCCCUUGUUUCUCCAUGUCCAUGCUUGCCCAGAAUGGCCGCAAUGGUAG